CUUCGCGUCCCUGACGGCGGCGGUGUGAUAGCUAUAGUAAAGCUCCAAACGACACUUGUGGAUACUUUGAACGAACACCACGUAGGUUCACCCGUCUCCGAAGUUGGUCAGCAGCAGGGUCCGCCAUCAUGCAGAACGACGAGAUCAUCUGGUCGGUGAUCAACCAACAGUUCUGCUCUUACAAAGUCAAGACUACAACACAAAACUUCUGUCGAAAUGAAUACAAUCUUACCGGGUUCUGCACGAGGCAGUCGUGCCCAUUGGCCAACUCGAGGUAUGCGACGGUGCGGGAGCAUGAAGGUGUACUAUAUCUCUAUGUGAAGACGAUUGAGCGAGCGCACACACCGGCAAACAUGUGGGAGAAGAUCAAGCUGAGCAACAAUUACGCCAAGGCAUUGGAGCAGAUCGACAACGAACUUAUCUACUGGCCAAACUUUGUGACACACAAGUGCAAGCAAAGGAUCACCAAGAUCACGCAAUACCUGAUCAAGAUGAGGCGGCUGAGUCUCACGCAACAACCCAAGCUCGUGGGAAUCAAGAAGAAGCUCGACCGAAGAGAACGAACCCGAGAAGCCAAAGCUCUCAAGGCUGCCCACCUCGAAAAGGCUAUCGAGAAGGAACUCUUGUCUCGUCUGAAAUCCAAGGCUUACGGUGACGCACCUCUGAACGUGAACGAGGAUGUAUGGAGAGCGGUCCUCGAUAAUGAGCGAAAGGCAAAGAACAAGGAGGGCGAAGAGGAGUUGGAGAUGUUGACGGAUGAGAGCGAGGAAGAGUUUGAGAGCGGGGACGAGGAGGAAGAGCUGGAGGAAGAGUACGAGGGUGGCGACAGGGAGUUUGUGGAGGACUUUAGCGGGAGCGAAGACGAGAUGGACAUGGAGGACUAUGACGAUGGCUCGGAUGACAGCGAGGCUGGUUCCGACGAGGACUCCGAUUCCGAGGACGACGAGCCGGUCACCAAGCAUAGCCGGCCAGACAAGUUCAGCGGAGUCAAGCGAAAAGGACCCGCUGCGGCCGGAGGCAGUGCCAAGGGCAAGAAGAUGCCCAGGGUCGACGUCGAGUACGAAGUCGAAGAAGAGCGCGAAGUGGUGCCCAACGGCCGUGGUCGGGAAAUGUUGGCCAACUGGUAAUCGCAAGCAGGCAUGCUUGGCCCUCUCUGUUGUACGCCUUUUCACGCUGUUUAUAUACGUUCCGAUCAGAUCUAUGUGGUCUCGCUUUUGGGAAAGAAACAAGCACAUCUUGCCCCAAGAAGAACCUUGAGCCUCAGCUACCUCGGAUACAUUCGGAAAGAAUGUGAAAAUGAUCCGCUAAUCUACCUGCAAGUCGAGCAACAUCAUACUACUCGUAUCAAGCUAUCAAGCCUGUUUCGAGGGUUUCAGUCGAUCAGUAAAAGAGGUGUCCAUGUCAUUCGAACGCGUCAGCCCGUCGAACUCACGCGACGCGACGCGCGACCAAUAUAAAUCAGGUG